AAAGUAAACAAAUUGAAACCACUCCAUGUACUUAAAUACCAUGAUGUGUGUACAUAAACACACACAUGAACAAAGACAUCAUCUGAUUUAUUCAUUGUUCCAAGUCAACCUUAUUAUGGCAACCCUUUUCAUGGUUCCUUGCCAGCAUCAAUUGCUGAAGAAGUUGCAGAGCCAUUGUCAUCCAAAGCCACCACCAUCACCACCAUCAAACUCCAUUAUCAGGAGUCAGAAAACUUCUUCAUUCAGUUUCAAAAGCAAUGCCAAUGUCCCUAUUCAUGAACUUCCUGGGGCUUCAUUUGAUCAAUACAUGGAUGACAAACACAGAGUUCUCAGUGCUGUGUUUUCUGGUGACAAAGCAACAACAAAACAGAUCAAUGAGGAAGAGUGGAGGAUUAACAUGCCUACCAUACAGUGCUUAUUUCUGAGUGUGAAACCAGUAGCAGAUGUGAGGUUAACAUUCAAGUCUAAAGGGGAAGAUUACCCACCUCACAUUCCUCAUCAUAUCACCAAAGUUCUUGAGCUUCACUUUACAAGGUGGGAGCUACAGGGUCUGAGUGCCCUUUACAAUGACCCUUACCAGAUAAACCUUGAUGUUAGAGGCACCAUAUACCCAGAAAGGACGGGAAAACAUAGUUGGCUCAAGAAUCAGAUGGAGAUGGAGAUAGCAUUUUGUGUUUCUCCAGCAACAGCUUUCAUUCCUGAAAGUGUCUUGCAGAAUGCCAUAGAGCUGAUUUUCAAAACAGUGUGGGAUGAAAUGAAGCAGGAAUUCCAUGGUAGAUUAUUGCAAGAUUAUAACAGGUUCAAGAGAAACAAGACCAAGAAGAUUCCUGUUCAGACUUAGUGUUCUAACUUUCUAAUUCUGAUUAACUGUCAUGAAUCUCUCUGUAAAGACAAAAGAGUGAUUCAGACUUCUCAGUCUGCACUUUGUACAUGGAUGGAUUAUUUUUUUCAAAUGACUUUCAAAUUCUGUUUUUUUUUUCUUCUAUGGAAUAAGUAAAUAUGGUAACUAUGCCCUUUCA